AUGCCAACUCAGGGAGGUACUCACCCUUCUCCUAAGUUGUUCAAAUUUGAAGCGGCGUGGUUAACCCAUUAUGAUUUCCAAAAUUUUCUCAAUAAUAAUUGGAAUGGGCAGGGUAAUAAUUUCCAUUUGGCUUUGCAGGAGCUCUUUACUAGUUUGGUGGCUUGGAACAAAUCGGUUUUUGGCAAUGUGUUCCAGCGCAAGAAACGGUUGGUAGCGAGAAUUGAAGGGAUAGAAAGGAUUUUAGCCACUUCUUUCCAGCCUGGGCUGGCCAAGCUGCAUGCCAAGCUCGAGGAGGAGCUGGACAAAACUAUGGAAUAA